AUGGACAUGUUGGCACCCCACUAUCCCAGCACCACACUAUCCCGGCACCCCAACAUCCCCAGCACCCCCAUACCCCAGCAUCAUAGCAUCCCUGGCAUCCCCAUAUCCCAGCACCCCAAUUACCCCAGCCCCCUGGCAUCCCAGCACCCCAAUACCCCAGCACCCUGGCAUCCCAGCACCCCACUAUCCCAGCACCACACUAUCCCGGCACCCCAACAUCCCCAGCACCCCCAUACCCCAGCAUCAUAG